UUUUGAAUUUCAAUUUGAAGUUGAAAUGAUUAUUGUCUGUUUGUGAAGUGUAGUGAGGGACUUAGAGAGUUAGAGGUGCCACAACACAUUGAUUGAUGGAGAACAAGCACCACCCUGAUUCUACUUGCUCCACCAGAACUGAGAGAAAGUUCAUUGAGAGAGAAAGAAGAAACCAAAUGAAGGCACUCUACUCCAACCUCAAUUCUCUUCUCCCUCAUUUUUGGCAGGAGAGAAUUUCUUCGCUGCCGGAUCAGCUAGAGGAAGCCACAAACUACAUAAAGAAGUUACAGGUGAAGCUGGAGAAAAUGAAGGAAAAGAAGAACACAUUAUUAGGAACAAUUCAUCAAAUACCAAAUAAUAGAGGCAUAUUAGGAAACGGUGGUAGUGGCAAUAAUAAUAAUGUUAUUGGGAUUAGAUCUCCACAAAUUGAGAUCCAACAAAUGGGAUUCACCUUAAUGGUUGUUCUCAUAACUGCCUUGGAUUCUCAUUAUUUCAUGUUCAUUGAGGCCAUUCGUGUUCUUCAUGAAGAAGGUGCAGAUGUUGUUAGCGCCAGUUACAAGGUUGUUCAACAUGCUGUUUUCCAUACAAUGCACUGUCAGGUAGGGGAGUAUGGCAAUGGAGCUGCUGCGAGGAUAUCAGAGAGACUGAAGAAGUUUGUGAAUGAUUCUACUUAUUGUCCCUUUUAGUAAUUUCAUGGCAAUCUAGCUAGUUAGCGAGUUUUGAAUGUUCUGAUUUUGGUAUAUGUUUUUGUUGGAUAAAACGAAAAGAUGACCCGUUAUUAAUUUAAGCCACAUAUAUGUAUGUGAUGAGAUUGGUCAAUUAAUUGCCUACAUAAAUAUAUAAAGCUUGGUGUUUUAUAUACUAAUAGUCUUAAUAUAUAGUUAUUAGGGCAUGCUUUCUUGCUUCCUACGUGAUUCAAUUAUGGACAAGAUUCAUGAAUGGCUGUGUUUUUCAAUGUUUUUCUUUUGUUCUCUAAAUUAGUAAUGGUUAUUUCCCAGUCAAUUAUAAAGGUGUUCUUUGAUUGUAUUGGGAAGCUGGAAGAUGUACUGCAGAGGUUGUUAA